CCGAGAACUGACUGUAGAAGGCCAAACUUCCACCACCACCGCCAACAACCGAACCGCUGAACAACGGUUUGUCCUUUGCUCAGUCAGUAAGAGAGGCCCAACGGUGUUGGUCGUAUCUUCUAUACCGCUAUCGUCUGGCUUGUGUACCAGUGCCGGGUGACUUUAACAGUUAUACUCCAACACAGUGAAACCGGAAGGAAAUGUGACCCAGUGGAAACACAGGAUCUUUACAUCAUCUGAAUGAAACGAAAAUUAGAGUUUUCUUGCUUUUAACAUAAUUUCAUCCGAGUUUUAAAACGGUGUAUUUUCGUUUGACAAUGUUCGUGAUGUGUACGAGGUUUUUAAUAUGGAAAGAACUUCAUUCCAGAAGACUUGACGACGCUUGUGGUCAUAUAGGGAAUUAAAAUCUUUGUGAUUUGGAUGUUGCAGAACCUUGAACGAAAUAACAUCUUUUUUUUGAAACUUAUGUGCUGAAAUAUUUCUCUUACGUUUUUGUGAUACUGAAAGUGAUUUUAUACUACAUGCAUUACGUUAGAUCGCUAACUGUAUUUUUGUUGAGGUGCUUUUUGGAGGAAUAUAAGUGAGUAAAGAAAUAGCAUAACAAAAACACGUGACACAGGAUAUUGGUGUAACGUCCGAGUUGAAACAGGUGCAAAGUACAAGGAGCAGACAUUUUAAAUGUCUGCCAUAUACCCGAAGAAAUCAACAAGGGCCAAGUGGUAACAGUUUUCCACAGGUGAAUCAGUGAAUUAUCAAGAUGCCCAAGAUAUUUCUGAUCAAGAACCGGCUGCAUAUGCAGCAGCAGCGACUCCUGGAAAGUCAGAAGAGGUUGGAGUUGGAAGGUGGAUCAGAGAAUAACAGCGAUGCAGGGGAAGAUGGUGGGGUUGCACUCACACCCCCAGGGUCGCCCUUCUUGCCUUCCGAAGAUGUUGACUGCGAACCCUUGUCUCUCAUCGUAGAGAAGCCAACAAACAUCAAAGAACGCAAGAAGCAGAUGUCAGAUGGCAGCAGUGCGGAGUUGUUCGCACGAUCCGUGACACCAGAGAACACCAGCACUCCGUCGUCAUCCCCGGCAAGCCCACGGGUACCAGCCCCUCCACGCCGCUUCUACUCCUCCAUAACGGGGGGCGAUGAACCGUACAGGGGCCACAUCCCUACUCGUGCGGAGAGGAAGGAGUACGCUCCUGCAACCGCUCAACCCCCGACGGCGCCAGGAGCACCUCCCCCUCCUCCACCUCUCCCGCCGCCGCCAGCACCUCCCCGAUGUCAACAAGUGUCAGUGAUACAGCGUACACCAAAGCCACCGCCUCCGCCCCCGACCCCGGAGUCCCCCAAGGCAAUACAGGAGCCAGAGCAGGAAGUCCCCAUAGACUACCACGUCCCGAAGAAGCGGCCUGAAGAGCCUCCGAAACGAUCUGAAGAAACGUCGAAACGACCUGAAGAUCUCCUGCGACGCAUCACUGUCAGCGUCAAGAGCCUGAGCCAGCUUAAGCGAGGCUGCACAACGCCCCUGGCACUUCUUGGAAGCAGCGCGCAUCCACGAGCAGCGGCCGCAGGGCAUAGCCGUGGAGGCAGUGGUGGAGGUGGAGGCCACCAAGGCGGUGGCAGCUCUCAUCACAGUUCAGGAUCAAUGUCACAAGGAUCCUAUGGUGGUGGAGGUGGUUUGUCAGGUGGGGGUGGUGGACUAUUUGGAGGUGGGGGUGGAAUGAAUCCUGGGGGUGCGGGUGGUGGUAGAGGGGGACGUGGAGGUGGACACUAUGGACCGCACAGUCCACCAACAAAAUCCCUUCCAUCAUUCCACGAAUCACUCAAAGGUGGGGGUUUGGGGAAUAAUUCAAGUGGUGUGGCAUUUGGAACUGGGUUUCAAUUCAUGAACAAUGGAGGCGGUGGAGGCGGCAGUUAUGGUAUGAUGCAGCUUCCAAUGGAUUGUGACACUGGACAGGGUCAAGAAGGAGGUGGGUUAGGCUAUGUUGGAAAUGGAUCAGCAAAUUCAAAACAAUAUUCACUAUUACAAAAUGUGGGAGCCUCAUAUGGACUUAUCACAAUUAAGGACGAUGAAGAUGAAGGUAUUCUUAACUCAGCCAGUAGCUAUAGCCAGUAUGAAGACUCGAUGUUUGUGGACAUCGCAACGGGGGCUGUUGUAGAUCCACUGCAGUUCACAGCUACCCUCACUUUCUCCAGUCCUGCAGACCAAAAUGCUCUCCUCGAAAGCAUUUCAGAUGAGUUACUUCAGCGUAUGCCAUCUGGCAUACCGGAUAACUCAGACCUGCUACCGGAAGCUAUAGAGAACCUCACCUCUUCCAUUCCAGGCCCUAUUGAGCCCGCAGUAGAUCCGUUUCCUGAACACAAUGCCCUGGGACUUGCACAGAGGAGCAACUAUAAUGACACAUCACGCAACUUUGCUGCGCCGACACACUUCACGAAGAACACCAUGUUCCUGAAUAGCAGCAACAAUAAUUCUGACUCUAGCGGAACCAGCAACUUCCACAAUCUUCCGAAGGAGAGGCCGGAGUUGGCUCUCCACAUCUCCGGGACAAGCCAAGAACAACCCAUGCAGCAACUGCAGGUGCAGGUGCAGAUGCAGAUGCAGAUGCAGCAGCAACAGUCGCAGCAACAACAGGGACUACUGUCUCCUGACUUGAACUUCGCUGAUCUUGACUCCCCGACUAUGUCUCUCCCUUCUCCGGGCUGCAGUCUCGAUGGGACAACGGGCUCCCUGUCACCUCCUUCCAGCGUGGGUGGGUGCAGGGACUCUGCUGGAGCUUCUGCAACAUCAACAGACAUUGCCAGCAUCCCAUCACUGCAGGUCCGAGUCAAAAUUCUACAACAGAGGCUUGGUCUGCCAGAAGAAAUUCCUUUGGAAUUUGUUAACGGAGGACACGGAAUCAAGAACCCCCUCGCAGCCCAAUCUGAGUCAGCUCGUGGUGGCAGCAGUAGUGGAAGCAGCAACAGCAGUAGCAGCAGCAAUGUGACUGCUGACACAGACACGAAGCCCACUACAGGCCCUGACGAUGCAGUACGAUACGCCUGCAAAAUGUGUUCCAAAUCCUUCAGCCUCCAGCGCUUACUGAACAGACACAUGAAGUGCCACAGUGACAUAAAGCGCUACCUUUGCACAUUCUGCGGCAAGGGAUUCAAUGACACAUUCGACCUCAAGCGGCACACGCGCACCCAUACAGGUGUGCGGCCUUACAAAUGUAACUUGUGUGAAAAAUCAUUUACGCAACGCUGCUCACUCGAAUCACAUUGUCUGAAAGUACACGGGGUUCAGCACCAGUACGCAUAUAAGGAACGUCGCACAAAGAUGUACGUUUGUGAAGAGUGCGGGCAUACUACGAAUGAACCUGAAGUUCAUUACAUACACCUUAAGAACAACCAUCCCUACAGUCCUGCACUACUGAAAUUCUAUGACAAGCGGCACUUCAAAUUCACCAAUUCGACCUUCGCCAACAUGCUGCUGCAAGUCAGAUCCUGAAUUUCAAGACAACAUAACAGCAGUAUUGAACAGACCUAAGUGCAAUCUAUGUCAACAUGAGACAACUACCGAUGAGCUAAAUUAUAGCCACCUUAACUACAGUUUCAGAUGAAUACAAUAGCUUGACAUUAGUUGAGUCUUGAAACCAUAGAUGUUCACACAAUUAAAUCUGAAGUCAUCUGGGCUGUGAUACAGUGUAGUGCCAUUAGCUAAUACCAAGAUUUCAGAGCAAUGUGCUGUCUCCAUCUUCAGGGUUGACGUAUGUAUUUUCAGGAAUUGUAUCGGGAAGGUUGGGAUGAAGGUGGUCAUGUGACCCAAAGAGUGGUUGGUAAAGAAAACCCAAUCCAUUCCCACCGGACAAUGGGCGGUGAAUGUAUCUUAUAAGAGGCAAAUUUGUUUUUUGUCACAGGUGAGAAAUGGAAGAGUGAGAAAGGAGACCUUUUGUAGGGAUUCAGUAAUGUUAAGAAGGAAAACUGGAAUUGGCCCACAUUUAGUUACUCUCUUUACCACCUCUCUCUAGAUCACAUGACCAUCUUUCUCACAACUUACCUAUGUUAGCAAGAUAAUUUCUGAAUCUAUAUAUUUCAAACCGGAAUAUGGAUGCGGGAUAUUCUUCCAGGCAUCAGUAACCAUCUAUAAGACUACACAUUGUCAGGACCCAAAAGACUAUAAUUUCAAUAAUCAAGCCAUGAAGAGAUUUCAUGUAUACAUAGCUAAAUACAUGGGUUACUUCAAAAGUCAUGGCAAAUAUGUUUUUUUGGGCAAACACGUUACAGUGAAGAAAGUUCAAAAUAUACUUAUGAUAGGGCAUGAUAUACCCCUCCGAUUGUCUUAAUCAGAUCAGGUAGAUGUGAAAUGGCAUAGGUAUAGUAGGCAAGAAAAAUUGCACAUUACGGAAUGACUGUUUUUUUCAUUCUUUAAUCCUCAAAAAAUUCAAUUGUGAUUAAGAAAUAAAAAAAUUCAAUGUGAGUUAAAUCUGAAUUCUUACAUUAUGACCAGCAACCUUCAAAGUAGUCUCCAAGCGUAUCUUGGAUCACGGGUGAUCACAGCAUGAGAAACAUCGGUAUGAACGGUCACAGGGCGUCCACUACGUUGCAAGUCAGCAUUUGCUUCUCUUCCACGCUGGAAUGCUUCUAUCCACCUUGCAACAGUUUUGUAUGGUAGAGCACGAUCAGCCAGAGCUUCCACAAGCUCUGAGUGACAUUCAGUCACAUUUCUGCCGCGAAGCACUGCUAUUUUCACGUAAUAACGCUGUUCCGGCCGGCUAAUAUUCAUUCUUGACGAAGGUUAUGAUCACACUGACUUCACGCUGGACUCGGUUCGUUAUCCUUGGACUUUCACAUCAUUAGAAAUCAGACAUUGCUGUCUCUCAGCGGCAAAUUUGGAAAUUCUGGUUGGAGCUUUCAAAAUUUCGGAAAAAUUAUGUUGCCAUGACUUUUGAAGGAACCCACGUAGUUAAUCAAAAUACAUGACAUGUAAUCCACCAUCACUGUAUAAACAUAAAAAUAAUUGACAUAAUGGUCAUAGACAACUACUUUUAAGAUUUUGUUUUAAAGAAAUGCUGGAACAAAACAAAACCACUGGAUACUGACAGGUGAUCCCAGUGCUCAAACAGUGACCAUGACAAUAAGAGUGAAGGUUAAGGAGUAUACAAUUAAUAUAAAUGGUUAUGGACUUCUGAAUAUAAAACAUCUCAUGGUUUCAAAGACUUGAUUAGCAAUAUGUAAGAGAGACCAUAUUUGGGAGAGUUCCCAAAAGUUGAUUGGUUUUAGAUAAAUAGUUUAGUAUGUAUUCCUAUACAAAAUUUCCAGUAUAAAUUAAAUUCUCUAUGCAGUAAAUUCUCAAUUCUCUGCAGUAAUGGCAGGAAGAGGAAGCAUCAAUAAUUUAAAACAAUGGAUAAUUGCAGUUCCAUAUUCACCUGAAUAAACGAUGAGUUCUUUUUCAAUACUUAGGCAUUUGAAGUAACAAGAGUUGUCUUACAUUCACAUAUGAGAACAUUGCACCAAAGCCUGUUUUUAGGUUGAGCGGUGUGGGUGUCUUGUACCGUCUGUGUUCCUUGGUUCAAGAUCAAGAAAGAGUGUUUGCCAAUAGGUGAAAGCAACAGUGUAGUACAUGGUUGAACCGUGGCUGCAAUAUGAGCCUCCGAUGCCAACAGAAGUCUGAAGAACAAAGCUUUAAUGCAUGCAUGUGUUAAGUCUGCAAUUAUUUGCACAAGAGCAGAAAAAGCAGUGUAACAUGCUAAAAAUCACAGAUGAAAACUUUAAAGUUAGAGGUUAUACAGUAUCACAGAUAUUGAUAGGUAAACAGUUACAAAUGUAAACAUAACGUAUGUGGAAGAAGCCACUAACAGCAGUACAGUGGAACAAUUUGGCAUUACAUAAGUAAAUGUGUGACAUAAGAGGAAAUUAAGAGAAUAAUAAUCACAUGCCUGGUCCACAUGAACAUCCUGAAGUGUCGAACUGCAGAUUCAGAGCCCUUGUGAAAUGGAAUGCCGGACCUACUGCAGUAUUGAUAAAACUGUCUCCCCCACACCCAAAAUUGAAAUUGGUGGGAGUCAGGUUAUACUUGCAUAAAUUCAGAACCUACCUAAUGAGCUUUCAAAGUAUGCAUCCUGUUGUGUCUUACGGUACUUUCAAACGGGGCAAUCAACAACAACAACAACAACAACAACAACAACAACAACAACAACAACAGUACACUGGAGUAAAAAGGAAGUCACUGGAAAUUUGAAUUGGAUGCAAUGGACAACCCACACUGUUAUAGAAAGAUAUAAUCAAUACCUUACGGCUUGUAAAAGUUCUGCACUUAAUGUGCAAAGUAUAUUAUCCACUGCAGAUAACUGAGAGUUUACUACAGAUUUUAUAAAUGGCUUUAUCAGGAUUUAAUACUUGUAGGUAUGUGUGACAAUAUUAGAAAAAUCAAGCGAAUGAUGUAGAACUACUGAAAUUUUCAUUGGAUUGUUAUUGAAAAUAUUUCAGUGGUCAUGUUAAUAAAUGUUAAUUCAAACAGUCUGAAAGCCUCUUACUGGUAGUAAUAUGAGGGUCUGACAAAUUGCAUGGUGUGAGAACUUGAUACAAGAAAUUUCUGCUGUGCACUAACAUACCGAUGUUGCGAGGGUUAAGGGCGGGAUCUGCACAGCAGUGUUGGAGAUGGGGUGACACGAUGUCCAACUCUGCAUGUUGAAGGUGCGAGUUACCUUGACAAUGCACGACAAUGGGGCAACAGGGAUAAGGGGUGAAGGAGGUCAUGGUUAAACAUAUAGGUUAAGAUAAAUUAUUAUCAAAGAACUGUUGUCAGCAUUCACAUGGAAUAGAACCCCUAGUUUAGGAGGGAUAAUAAUUAUUAAAGAUGGCAUUCAGUGUAGUAUAAUACAAUAUAAGACAUCUGAAAUAUGAACAGUUUAAUAGCUGAAUUUUUGUAUUCAGUUUUGGUUGUUAACUGCAAAUAAGCUUCUGAUUAUGAAUCGGGUAAUUUGUGCAAUCUCGUGGUGGAUGAACCAAGGUUCAUUUCCAGUCCAGAACCAGUGAAAGAACUCCCCUUUGCUGGAUGUGUAUAGCAGUAUUGUUACUGGCACUUAUAUAUUAAUACGUGACCCAGGUAACUAAAAGUCAUCGCCAUGCUGUCUGCCAUGUUAGUGCUCCAAACCAUGGAAGUUUAUCUGUAAAAACAAACACAAGGACUAACUUUAGAUAACCUUCAGAUAUUUUUAAAAAAAACCGAAAGCCUAACCUUGUUGACCUGUUGGGCACAAAUUUCAUGGUUCAUUUUUCAGUUUUGUUUUCACAAAUGAGCUUGUAGGUUUUGCAGCACUAACUUGGCAGACAACAUGGCGGUAAAUUUUAAGAGUUAUUUGGAUUACCCAUUGAUAUGUGAGUACCUUGUUAUUUGUUAAGAUAAUUCACUAAUAAUACUGUUGUUAAGAAUAAAUGCUGACCUAAGAUACAUUGCAGAACUUGGUGGUUUGUUGUUAGUCACUGACUCAAUAAAGGUGCUCUGUACUAUGGUUAAGUACUUUGUCAAAUAGCACACAAUUUGUAAUAUAUGAAAUUAAAAUUAGUAUUUUAUGGGUCAUGUUUAGUGAUACUGUUGCAUGAUUGGACAAAGUUACUGCAGUUUCAUGCUCACCAAAGACGUGUACAUUUUACAACUGUUUGUUACUUCAAUGCAUUUCAAGCACAAGUUAUGCAGAUCAUAUUACUACUAACAUAACUGUGGAAUCACAUAAGUUUAUUUUUAUUUUAAGAGCAACACUGUAAUGUUCUUCAGUAGGACUGGCAGCUCAGACAUGUUUCAAGCAUGUGUUCUAUGACUAAGAAGGAAGGUAAUGUUGAACAAUACAGUGGCAUUGAAUGUAGCAUUAUGGAACACUGGUCUUUGGUGAUGCAAAUUGUUUUGUUAAAUAUAUUUGCACAUAAAGAAUCAA